AGCCUGGGAUGUGCUCUGUUCUUAAUGCAUCAGGAAGCCAUAUGGAAUGAAGAAGCUUCAUUGUCUGUGCAUCAGGGAGGGAAUUAUUGACUGAGUGCUGAGCAGCCACGUUAUUGAUUCUGCCCGUAGCCCAGCCUGUGUACUGGUCGGGCUGACUGUGUCCUUCUGGCUCGCUGCAUUUAAUCGGAUUCUCUGAGCCAUUGAGCAGAGGGGGAGAGUUGGAACCAAACCCAUCUAUCAUGUUCGCUUCCAAAUCCAGCUCCGUGUCCCCUUCUCCAUCCAUGGAGCAGGCAGAUUCGGAUGCUCUGGACAUCAGCACCAAAGUGCAGCUGUACGGAGUGCUGUGGAAGAGACCCUUCGGGAGGCAGUCGGCCAAGUGGUCCAGGAGGUGAGCUGCGGUUGCUGCAGUGGGAUGCGGGGCUGGGGUGUCAGCUGAGCUCUCAGGCUCUUGUUAAAUGCCACAGAUUUGAGGGGUGAAGCUUCAGGCAGAGCCUCCCUGCUGUCCUGAGCCAGCUUCACAGAGGUGUGUUUUCCUCUUUGCGUGCCUGUACCCUAUCCUACAGGCACUGCAGGAUAGGAAUAGGGUCUCGUUUCUUCCACAAGCUCCCUGGGUGAAAGGCAGCUGGGUUGGAAUGUUUCUGCACACUGGAAUGUAUCACAUUCUUAUGCACAACUCUGGUGGUGGUUCCUGAUAGGUAUGUGAUCUGAUGGACUAAUCCUCCCUCCUGCAUUCUUGGGAUGCAGGUCAGUGUCACUCCUGAUGGAUGUCAUUGGCAAGCUGUUCAGUUUCAAGACCUGCAGCUGUAAAGCUCCAUGUGUUCCCCCUACUACUGCAAGAGAUUUUCUAACCCAAGAUCUGUUGUCACAGUCUUUAAAAGAAGGAUAACAGUCCUUACCUUGCUUCCGUAGUUUGAUAACUCAGAUGAAAAUGUGCCAGAAAAUCUAAGUAUUAUUUUCCUUUUCCCCUACUUUUCCCCUGGGAAGAGGCCCAAAUUAAUUGUCAAUAAAAGCCCACAGGAACCCGAGCUGUCUCUGGGGCUGGAAAGUUGCAUUGCCCUCAUGGAACUUCAAUCUAAGCCUGCCAAGAUGGCUUGGCUCAAUAGGUAGUUAAACGUUGCUGGGGAAGUGGUGUGCUUGUGGCCAUCUGUGUGAUGUGUGCAGGUUUUGUGCUGUGCUUGCUCUCCUGAAAGAGAUGGCCUGUUUUUUUGCUAGAGAGAGGGCUUGUGCUGGUGUUCCCUGCUCAGCAAGCAUUGCUAUUGAAAUGAAUGAUAUCUGGAAACUAAUGUGGCUGUUGGUAAAAACAAGUGGACAAAAUAACAUAGGGGAAGGUAAUUUACUAUGAAGAACACGUUCUUAAAAGGCUUUCUUCUUCCUAAUCAAAAUUUCUUAAAGGCAAAUGGCCUGGUGCUCUGUCAUUAUUUAUUUAGUGCUUUUCUAUUCCUACAAGUCCCCCCAUCCUAAGCAAGCUGUAAAUAUUUCAGUAAUGGCAAGUGGGAAGAGGUGGGAGGCAAUGCAGGGCAGAGCCUGUGUGGUAGGGUUGCUGUGAGCACAGCAGCUGGUCCUGGGGGAGUAGUGGGGCAUUUGGGAAAUGGGAGGUGUCUCUGAGGUACUUGUAGGAUUUGGAAUGAGGGCUUUCCAGAGCCAAGGGGCUGUGGAGCAGGAGAGCUGACGAUGGGAGUGAGAGCUGGUCCCAGGGUUGGGCUGAGCCUGGCAGUGGGAUAUAAAGAGGCAUUGGCAUAGGGCAGAUGGGAGUGAUGUGGUGGUGCCAGGCUGUGACCCACUGUGUCAUGUUCUUGCGGAACAAAGGAGAUCUGGGGCUGUCCCAGCGCAUCAAGUACCUCUGCAGCUGGGUUCUACUCCAUAACACCAAUAGGGCACCAGCCAAGAGUGCCUUGUGCUUGAAAUAGAGACUGAUAGAGAUAUCUAUCUCUCAGAUAGAGACUAAACAGAUAACAGAUUGGGUAAAGUCCAGACAGAGCAUCCAGAGCUUUGGUGGUUGAUGAUUUAGCAAUUGAAAUCCCAGACCUGGAUCGGAAGUGUUGCAAUGACCAGUACCUGCCACAUGUGCUCCUGGGCUGGUGCCCUGAAACCUGCUGUAAGGCAAGGGCAGCCAGAGUGCAGCAGUUGUAAGGCAAACGCUUACCUCAUUUCAGAAACUUGUGCAGUGAUUAACUACUUAAUCUCGUUAGCCCUCUGUGAUACAAAGACAGCGUUUUAUCCCCAGAGAGCAGGUAUCCCUGCUGGCUCGGUAUGGAUCAGUAUGGCUAAUCCGGGCAGACACACCUCCGCCGAGACCCUCUGCUUGUCACUGUUCCUCCUCUAUUCCAGUUUUAUUACACUGUCAUUCUAAUGGUUUCUCAGAGCAGGAUCUAACAACAGAGGACAGGUGACCCAAAGGGCUGCCUAGUGGCUCUUGCACUCCUUGUGCUGCAGAGUGAGUGCUGCCUCCUCUUUCCCCUCUGCUGCUGCUCUCCAAGCACUUAGUAUACUGCUCAGUUUCUUAACUUCUUUAUUCCUCCACCAGCUAACCUGACGUCCAGUGUUCUUUCUUAUUUAUUUGCCUGUGGGUUUUUCUGUUACUUACUAUGUUUUUUUAAGCUCCUAUUUUUAUACUUUUUCAUUCCAAAUACCCACAGAUUCUCACCACGCUCAUAAGGUCAGAGGUGUGAAAGUUCACUCAUCUGUCAGAGGCACGUCAAUCUGGAGAGAUCAGUGUUCGUGGUCUUACUUUGUUUUACCACUAGAGCAUAAUCUGUCAUGAGGGGAUUAUCAGGAACACUGAGUGUCCCAAAAGUAUGUAACAAGUGAAGGUUAUAACAAAGGUUAAAGCAGGCUAGAUUAGAAAUGGCGUGUAGUUCAGUAUCAGCAUCUUUAGCUGCUUAUCAAAUGUUUCCUUCAAAUCUGUUGACUGUGUCCAACCGACGUGCCCAGUGCCAAAUCUGCUAAAUGCCUUAUGUCAGUGUCUCAGAGUUGUGUGUACAGCUCAGCCCCACACCUAUUCUGAUAUGCUCCUCCUCAUCCCCACCUGCUAUCACGAGGAAACAGCCUUACUCCCCUAUCCGUGACGCUGGUGAGAGGUGUUUAGGACGGUGCUUCCCAGAACAAUAGUGCCCCGCAGACAGUCCAUCUCCUUGCCACCUCUUACAGUAACACAGAGUCUGGGCUGGUGCUGCAGGCUGCGCUCCCCUCUAUCAGCUCCUCUGCAGCCCCCAGCUGACUGAAUACGCCCGGCGCGGAAGAGUGACUUGAACCUUGGGUCGUGCUGUUCCGUCCAGUGAGAUUUUGCAAGGCUGUGAUCAGGACACGAGGGGGAGCUGGCCUAUGUGUGAGAAAGCAGCGUCCUGCUGAGACAGCAAGUGGGCAUCUCCACACUGCCGGUGGCAGCACAGCAGGUUCUUCAUCAUUAAGGAGAGUUUCCUGCUCUACUAUGCUGAGAGUGAGAAGAAGAGCUUUGAGAGCAAUAAAUACUUCAAUAUCCACCCCAAGGGUGUCAUACCCCUGGGGGGCUGCAUUGUGGAACCCAAAGAAGAGCCCAGUAUGCCUUAUGCCAUAAAGAUCUCUCAUGAAGACUUCCAUGGUAACAUCGUUCUAGCAGCUGAAUCGGAGUUUGAGCAGGCUCAGUGGCUGGAGAUGCUGCAGGAGUCUGGAAAAGUGACCUGGAAGAAUGCCCAGCUGGGAGAAGCCAUGAUCGAGAGCCUGGAAGCCCAAGGACUGCAGCUGGCUAAGGAGAAACAGGAGUAUGUAGAUAAGCUGAUGGAAGAAACAGAAGAGUUGUGUCUGCAGAGGGAGCAGAAAGAGGAACUGGAGCGUCUGAACCAGGUGCUGGAAGCAGAGAAGCAGCGGUUUGAAGAGGUGGUACGGGAGCUGCGCCUGGAGCAGGAGCAGAUCAGGCGGGAGCUAGAGCUCACAGCCCAUUCCCUUAAUGGAGUGGAGGAAGAAAAGAAAGAGUUGCAAAGCCUGACUCAGUCCUUACAGAAAAACCUGGAGGAGCUCUCCAUGGAAAAGCAGCAAAUGUUGGAGAUGUUGGAAACAAAUGAAAGCCCACCUUCAAUCAGUCCUAGCAAGGAGCAAAGCCCCAGUUGGGGGUUGCACAACAGCCUGCAGCAGAUUGAAGAGAAGAUGCAGCAACUCCUGGAGGAGAAACUUCUGGCAGAGAGGAGGAUGAAGGAGAAUGAGGAGCGGUCUCGAAUCCUGGAGGCAGAGCGGGAGUUUUACUCUUCCCAGUCACAAGCACUGCAGAACUCACUCUCAGAGCUGACUGCGGAGAAGCAGCAGACAGAGAGAGACCUCAAGGCUGAGGUGAAGAUGCGCAUGGAACUGGAAAAGAGACUGAGGGAAGCUGAGGAAGCAUUGCAGAGCUUGGAGCAAGGCUUAAAUUCUUUGGAUCGCAACAAGGAGAAGGAGGAGAAGAUGAAAGCAGAUGUCAGUAAUCUGAGAAAGUUCUUCGAAGAGUGCAUCCGCAAUGCUGAGCUGGAGGCCAAGAUGCCCGUGAUCAUGAAGAACUCUGUGUACAUCCACAAAGCUGCCACUCGUCGCAUAAAGAGCUGCCGCCUUCACCGCCGGAGAGCCAGCGCUUCAUGGAAUGACUUGAAGCAGUCCCAGUCCUUCAUCAUCUCACAUGCAGAAGCUGAAAACAUCGAGGAGCUGAAAGAGGCAGCCAAAAGACUGAGCCGGCACCAGCACUUCCGUGAGACACUCUAUCAAAUCAUGAGAUCACACAAAGAUUCAUCAUCAGGGGAUGAAAAGUGACUCUUGUUGACAGGGGACUUCUGAUCUCAACUUGCCAUUCAGCUCUGCAAACGCUAAGCAGUCAGGCAUUAGGGUCAGAAGGGAGUUGCAUCCUUUGGUGAGGAAGGUGGUGGGAAGUUGUGUGUAGGCAGUUCCCUCAAGUAGCGUCUCUGAUUUAGUUUGGAUGCUCCCUGUGGUCUGGAAGACCUUCCCUGCUGAUGACUCUGGAUCAUGCCUCUUUGCUUCAGCUGCUUAUGUUAAGCCAUGUUUUGCCAAGAUACUGCGGCUGGUGUUAAAGUGAACCACUGGCCUUAGCUUAGGAAGUGCCUCUUCUUUUCUUUGCUGCCUAGUCUGCCUGCUUAAAAACAGGUGCUUCUGAGAAAUCCUUCCUCAGCCACCCAGCUACACCCAGUGUAGCCACCCCCAGCUGGCACAAUUUAACCUGUUCUACCUAAUGUCCUCUAAGAAACUGCCUCCUCAGUGUAGACCAUAACAUCAAAUACAAGGCAAUCUUAUGCUGCAGCAACAUUUUAAGUAGAGAGAUAGCAGUGCAAGGUGAAGCCAACCUGAGGAUUCUCCCCAUGGCAGGGAAGAUGGAACUACAUGAUAUUUAAGGUCUCUUCCAAUCUAAGCCAUUCUAUAAUUUGCCUCCAAAAGCAUCAUGUGCAAAGAUCUCAUAGAUAACUUAGUAGCACCAAUGCAAGUUGGAGGGAAGGCUACGCUGUGCUGACCAUAGGCAGAACAUCCUGGGGACACCUUUGCACUUUUUUGCAUCAAGUCAGACAAGCUGACUAUGUUGCUGUCAGGAGGAGGAGAAAAGGUCUGUGCAGAAAAUGGUAGGCAGGUUCAGUGUGGAGUAGCCUUGACUCUGAUGGUUUCCUCAUUACCUCAGGAAAACAAGCUUAAGGGCAGGUGAGUGGGGUGAGGACUGUUCAGCAAUGACAUCUACUACCAUUUUGCAAAUUAAAUGUUGUCAGCAGCAAGAUGUUAGGGCUGAGGAGGUAGGGAGAUCCACUUCAGUGUGUACUGCAGCAAAUAGCCCUUACCCAGCACUUUGUACUGCUCUCUGCCAGUCCUUUUAAUUGCAGCCCAAGCUAUCGUGGUCUAGCCUGGACCUCCACCAAGCCAAGACUGGAAUGGGAGAAGUCCUGUGUACAGCUUAAUCAGAAGUGGGCUCCUGGCUGGCCUUUGGUCGCUCUUCAUUGUUCACCAUGAGUUUGUCACAGUGGAGUAUUUACCUUGUAGUUGGUUAUCUUGUGUUUUACAUGAGAGGAAUGGCUUUGUUGUACAAACCUCUCCUUUAUAAAAGCAGCUGGCUAAUAAUUACCCACACUAUAGUAACUGCACUGUUUAGUGCUUACAGGGCACGUGACAAGCAUACUCAGUCACGCUUUAUCCCUGUGAUAUAAGUCAGAAAACAAAGAUGUAAAACUUACAAAGGUGAUGAUGCUAGAAGCAGAGCUUGCUUAGGGCUUAGCUGCCAGAGUACUGGGGCUCUUAGGUCUGUACCCCUGGGUAUUACAUGUGCCCUUUUUGACAAGUGACUGGGGUGGCUGCUUACCUCCAUGCAGGCUGUGGCACUGGGCAUAUUCAGGCUUUGUUUCUGGCCACUAAAGUCAUUCCCUUCCAAUCCCCUACUGCUUCUAGGGUGAAUUUAGGGAUGUGAUAGGGAAGGGACCUUGUCCUGUCAUCAUCUAUGGGAGUGGCACUGGUGCUGGUGGAGGGUACAGAAUGUGAUAUGCUGAGAGCUUCUAGAGGGAGUGUAUGACCAGAGGAUGAGCACUGUGAAGGCAUGGUCUCUCCAUUUCAGCCACUUACUGACCACUAUCCUUCUGCUAGAUAAUGGGAUGUUUUAAAAAGCCAGAGGGCUCAUCACAGAGGGCUGUUACUUUUACAGUGACAGGUGAUGGGACAGGAAAAUAAAAUUUACAUCCCUCCUUAGCAUACCUGACCCUUUUUUACAUCCCUCCUUAGCAUACCUGACCCUUUUUUACAUCCCUCCUUAGCAUACCUGACCCUUUUGUGCUUUUCCUACUCUAGCUUGCAAACUAGAAGGCCAGAAAUUAAUUCUGGUUCCCAGAAGGUUGAAGAAUUGAGAAACAAAAGCAGAGCUGGUUUUCCCCUUUGCACUGUCCUAUCAACCUCUCAGGCUAUUUUCCAGUUGCAAUUUUUUUUUUAUCAUGUAAUACUGGAAGAUGCAGUGAAAAGUACAGCCAGAAUGUGUAUCUGUAAUCAAGGCAGUUAAAAAAAAUCACUUGGUGGCUUGUGAAUGCAACACUUUGAUCUAUUACAAUCAAAUGCCACAAUAUCAUAAUUUACGGAAGUAUUGUACUCAGGAGGUAGUCACAUCUGAUCUUCCUUUACUGCAUAUUGACAGCAAUAAGAAAAUAAAAGUUACACUGAUACCA